AUGUUGACACGCUUCACGACUUCGUGCGUGACACUCGCCGCGUACAUGCUGGGUUCUGAAGCAGUAGCACUGGUCGAUCGACAUGCCGCCGGGUGCGGCAAGCAGCACAGCAGCGGGUAUAACUCAAACCUAGAGGAGCAUCGACUUGUUUCCAAAGAUGUCCUACGGAAUUAUACGAUCUAUGUUCCAACAAGCUACAAUAAUGAUCCACGGAAGCAGUGGCCGCUCAUAAUCGACUACCAUGGCAACGGAGGAAAUGGCAGUCAACAGCACGACAAUUCGAGGUACGAUAAGUACACAGACGACUACCUGUUAGUGUAUCCUAACGGCUAUGAGGAGCAUUGGCAGGGACCCAGCUAUGCCGUUCCUGGUAUCGACGAUCUUCAAUUCACCACAGACCUUCUGGCACAUUUGCGUACCGAAUACUGUAUAGACGAUGAGCGAAUCUAUGCCUCUGGAAAGUCCAACGGCGGUGGUUUUGUUGACACUCUAGCAUGUUCUGACAAUGGCAAUGAGUUCGCUGCCUUCAGUAUGGCCGCUGCAGCACUCUACACUGAUCUGUCUGUGGACGGCUGCCCCUACAAGCGCGCUAUCUUAGAGUCUCACGGUGCUGCAGACAAUACUAUUCCAUACUCACCGACCAAGAAUGGCUCAGGCGGCGCUCUUCCACAAGUUGCUGACUGGGUACGUUGGUGGGCUCAACGAAAUGGCUGCGACCCGACUCAAGCGGAAGUUGUAGAGAAACCUGGAUACAAUCACACUUCGUAUUCCUGCCAGGGUGCGAACGAUGUCGAGCACUACAAGAUUUUUGAUCUUGACCAUUGCUGGCCAAGCAGUAGUGGUGACAACCACGACUACGAAAAUCCGAGAUGUGACGACUAUUCCCUCGACUUCACGCCGGUAGUCCUCGAAUUCUACUCUAGAUGGACCCUGUCGAGCGCUCCAGGUGCCAAAGACUGGAGGAUGUGGAAAGGAGAUUAG